AUGUAUUUAUUGAAAUGUCUAGGUGGUUUCUAGCAAAGGUCUGAACUGUGUAGUGAGUCUAUAACUGAUGGAACUAUUGUUGCAGUGAUGAUGACAACAGCUUCUGUAACACCUACCCCACACGCCAUUAAACAACGGAGCUUAGGGCUCCUUGCUGAAGGUACGGAAAAGUCCAUCAGGGAGUCAUCUGGUCAAAUCCAGGCCACUGGGAGCUUGCAUACAAGACUCAGUGCUUGGACACCUAUUGCAAACAAAUCAUUCAACAAGCAUCUCUUUCAGGAAAGAGUUGGACUUAUAAGCCACUGGUUUGAUCUGUGGACAGACAAGCAGCGCAAACAAUUCCUGCACACAAUAUUGAUGAAAUGCAGUAAAUCACAACUAAGGUUUACCCAGAAUUGGUUUGCAGAGAGGAUUCCAGUGACGAAAGUGGACUUCACUAGAAUGCUGCCACGUUUCAUAUCUUUGUACAUCUUCUCUUUUCUCAGCCCCAAGGAGCUCUGUGCAGCUGCCCAAGUCAGCUGGCACUGGAAAUUUUUAACUGAACAGGAUUGUUUGUGGAUGCCAAAAUGCAUCAAGUUUGGAUGGUUCCUGCCAUACACUCCAACAGACAAUGAACACAGUGCUUGGAAGCGACAUUAUAUCACCUGUGCAACUACCUUGGAUUACCUCACUCCAAGGGAAGCCAGUAAAAUCUAUGGGACCCUCAAUGAACCAAAAUUUGAAAAUGAGGAGCAGGAAGAAAGGCUGCGAGAAAAACAGCUGAGAAAAAUGAUUCAGGAAAGACUGGCAUUACACAAGAAGGCUUUAUUCAAGGCACGACCACCCUGGGGAAGCAGGACAUGGAGCUCAAGGUUUUUAAAAUCAUCAUUACAGCCAUGCCCAGCCCAGACUAUUCAAGAUUGCACCAGACUUCAGGCAGCUUUGCUAAUAAUUAAGGAAAGAAAUGCUAUCCCAAAUCAUACUCUUUCAACUUUGCUGUCUGAAGAAAUGAAAUCCAUGUCAAGUUUUAGUCUGGCAGCAGAGAAGCAGUUGGUUUUAGCCUCCUUAAAAUCUUUUCCCAACAGAAGAAAUGUGGCUGGAAUCAGAUCUUACUCUCAUCUACCCUACAGACAUUGUCAGAACAUCUACCAAAAAUACAGCAAUUGUAUAUAUCCACUUCAGCCAUGCCUGCUCUUGAUAUCAUCUCAGAUUCCUGCAUAUGAGAUGGUUCUGGACAGCACUAAGCCAGAAGUAGUUCCCAUGGUAUAUGAACAUAGUGGAAUGACAUUGGAAAGUCUCUUUUUUUACAUAGAAAAGGCCCUGGAUGGCCGAAAAGCAAGGAGUAUUGGAAUUUUCAGUGAUGGAGACUCCAGAGAAAUCAGUUUGCUUCAAGGCUGCAGAAUUAGUAUUGAGAACAUUUUGAGCUCUGAAAUUAGAGAAUUUUGGGAGAAGCUAGGAGGUUGUGUCACUUCUCCUGAGGAAGGAGGCCAUGUGGACAUCUUUGUUCCUUUGGCAGCAUCAGAGACAGGGAUGGAAGUCCUCUCCCACCUGUCUCAUCUAACUGGUGUGUUCUUCAGAGCUCCUACAGGAAUAGCAACUGGAUCCUACCAGCACAUUCUUAGUGAAUGGCUAGGAGAGCAGAAGGAUGGACCUCCUACUUCCAUUUACUUCACUGAAGUAAAACUACAGAUGUGGCUCAGACUGACAGAGCUCGUGGAGGAUGCAAUGAAACCCAUCCGCAAGCAAAUGAGACCGUAUUUCAGAGAGCUGCAGAGGAACAUUAGUGACAGGCUUAUUGGCCACUUUAUGUUUGAUGCCAUUAGCACAGGCAGAAUAAGCACUGAUCACGAAGUAGCCCAGACCACAGCUGAUGGCUUAACCGAACUGUCAAAAAGAAGCUACGGUAAGAGACAUCUAAAGGACUCUGAUGACCAACGAACAAGACUUGCCAGAGAGCUCCUGAGAAGUGAGAGAAACUAUGUGCAAAUGCUAGAAAUUGCGAGGGAUGUUUAUUCUACUCCACUGAAAGCAGCACUAGCUUCAAAUCAAGCCAUCCUGAGUCAUGCUAAUGUUCAAAUCAUCUUCUCUGAUAUCUUAGGAGUCUUACAACUCAAUAGGGAGAUUUUAGAUGACCUGACAGAAAGACUUGAAGAAUGGAGUCCAGCCCAGUGCCUGGGUGACAUAUUUAUUAAAUUUGGCCUGCAGUUGCAAACAUACACCAACUUCUUCAACAACUACACUGUCGUUCUGAAAACCAUUGAUAAAUGCAGACAAACUAUUCCUUUAUUUUGGGCCUUCUUGAAAAGACACGAUAAGACAAUUGCUACUAACAUGAGGAGCUUACAGGAACUGCUCUUAUGCCCUUCUAGAAGAUUUGAGGAGUAUAUUAACCUUCUUUAUGCUCUGAGACUUCACACACCACCAGACCAUGCUGACCGGGAAAACUUGACAGCUGCAAUCAAGAAGAUGAAACAGUACAAGGACUAUGUGGAUCAGCUACAGCUGAACAUCAGCAGGGAUGAGCAAAUGCUAAAUGCACAAAGAAUCAUCCAGGGAUGCCCUAAUUUAUUAGAAGCCAACAGAUACCUGAUCAAAGUACAAGAUGUAGCCCAGGUUAGCUGCAGUUCUGAGGAAAUUCAUCUCUCACUCAGACUCUAUGAACAUGUCAGUGAUCUCAGUCUUUUUCUUUUCAAUGAUGCACUUGUUAUUUCAAGCUGCAACAUCUCUUACAAGCCUUUUGAACGGAUCCCAAACACAUCAUACCAAUUCUUGGCAUCAGUGGCACUUCACAGGCUCCUUGUAGAAGACAUUCCAGACUCAAAAUAUAUCAAGAAUGCAUUUAUUCUACAAGGGCCAAAACAGCAAUGGAUUUGUUCUACAGAGGAUGAAGACAGUAAAUUCACAUGGCUGUCUGUGCUGCACAGUGCAAUCAACUGUAGCAUUGAGAAAAACUGAACUUCUUAAAAUGAAUCUCAGAGCUUUUAGUAUGUGCUAGUUAUCUGCAAGAAAAGAAGAUACGAUAUUUUGUGCAAUCUGAGGAACUUUUGCUCAAAUUUGAUAUAAUAAAAAUCUAUCGCUUUUAGAAUGUACAGGUAAGACUAAAAAAUAUAACGGAACUAACACAGCAUUACACAGUAGAUAGGAGGGUUUGAGAUUUUAAAAAUACUAUUCCAAUUCAUUUGACUAUAGAAUUCAAGGCAAAAUUCUCACACUUAUGACUAAGGGCCUUCAUAAAAAAUUUACACUGUACGACUAAAUAACGAAGAACUGCCAUACGCACAAAUUAUCCCUUCACCUACAGGAAGGGACCUUGUUUUUUUCUCCAUUCUCCAUUGUUUGGUUAUUUGAAACACACAAGAUUUUAAGUGGUAUGUCCCUGUACUCUCUGUUCAUCAUCAUCUUGUGUCAAUUUCUCGUUUCAAGAACAUUAAGGAUAUACAAUUUCCCCCCUUUUUAAACUAGGGAACAAACCCUCGAGUGAAAAUUUUACUCAAAAAAUUAUGAACGAUAAGUCAUGAAUACUAAACCAUGGAGUCAUAUUGCUCUGGGAAGUAAAAUGAAAUAAUAAUAUAAGGUUCCAGGGACAAUUGGUUCGUUGAAACUGAAGCAUCUACCCAAAAGAGACUGCUGUAGCAGGUACUUAAAGAAA